AGGGGUUGGGCGAGGCGGUGGGAGGAGCGGCGAAGGGGCGGAGGCUGAGCGGCGAGAGAGCGGCGCCGGACCAAAGGCGGCCACCCGGACGAGCGCCCUGAGGUGGUGGCAGUGGCCCCCUGGGCGGGUGCGUGGGCGCCAAGCAAGACUCCUCGGGCAGCCUGAAUGAGAACUCGGAGGGCAUGGGAGUUCCUCUAGGUCGUAACCAGCCUUUGAAAAAGGAAAAACCAAAAUGGAAAAGCUACUAUCCCAUGACAGAUCGCAAACUGCGCAGCAAGAGGGAUGAAUUCUGGGCCACUAAGCCAGCUUUUGAAGGCUGGAAAGAGAUCUGGGAUGCCUUGAAGGCUGCUGCAUACGCUUUUGAAAGCAAUGAUCAUGAACUGGGCCAGGCCACUGAUGGUGCAAACAUAACACUACCACACGGUGCGCUGACAGAGUGCUGUGAUGAGCACCACAGAACAAGAUAGAGGAAAAGAGUGGCAGAGACUGGAUAUCCCUGAGGCCACCUACCAACUCUGGACAGGAAUCUCAGCUCCCUCUGCGGCUCUCCACAGGCAAAAAGACCUUAACUUUGUUGUAGGCAGCACAGACACGGUGUUCCACAUGGAAGAGCCGCUUACAUGCCACAGAGACUGUGGAGCCAGGCAGCCAGCGGUGGUUCUUCUCUGGCAGGCCUCGCACUGAUAAGAUGAAGCCGGAUGAAUUGAAGAUCCCCAAGGACUAUGUGGUGCAGGUUAUAGUGAGCCAGCCUGUGCAAAACCCAACACCAGUGGAGAACUGAGCUGGAUUUGCCUUCUUCCAAGAUCCCUUGGCUCCUUUUUAUUGUUACCAUUUCCUACUCGAAGGUGUGAAAUUUACUUUCACUGCUCUGAAUUCCCUAUGAAUGGAUUUAGUUCUGAGGAAUUACCAGUGAAAAAUUCCAACUGUGAUGGAGACCAACAAAAAUAAUAAAACACACAGAGUACUCUUAUAAUUACAAUUUCUAAUUGAAAGAACAGUUAAGAAAUAGAUGACCAUUUAUUUUUUAAAAAAAGUCUCAACUGUGUAAUGGCUGUAUUUAAAUGAUUUUGAAUGUAAACAGACACCAGACCCAUCAAAAACAGUACCAAGCACCUUUUGGACACAGAAUUUUUUAUGACAUAUGUCAAAUAUUUUUUUCUAGAACCAUCAAUAACAGUUAAAAAACAUUUUUUUUUAAAAAGUGGAACCUAAAAGAGCAUAGGGUUUUGCUUCUCUUCUGGGUUUGUAUUCCUACUCCAUCAGGAAGCAGUGGAGACCGGGAGUUGUCAGUAUGGCUUCCCCUGCCUGCCCAUCCUUAUUCACAGCCACUCAUUCCUGCGGCCAUCACACUGGCAGCAGGAUCACGGGGUAGUAAUUUGUAACAAGCCUUGUGAGCUGCCACUUGCCUGAAGGCUGGACCAGUGAACCUCACCUUGUAUAAAUAUCCCUGGUCCCCACAGGCUCUGGGAGAGUCCAUUUGCUCACCAUUUGCUAAGUCUAAAAGCAAACUGAGCACCAUGAGGCUGAGCCUAUGUCUUCAGACCAUUCUGGUUGUUUGUUGCUAUGAAGCUAAUGCCAACCAUGUCUGUGAAGCUGUUAAGCAUGAAAUCAUAACCUUCAUACUAAAGAGGGAAGAAGAACUGAAGACAGAGCUUGAGAACUAUGAUGCACCACUAGAGUCCAUUGAAGCAAAACUGAAGGUGAAGAGAUGUGUAGACCAGAUGAGCUAUGAAGACAGAUGUCGAGUAUCAGGAGCGCUGGUAUGGUCACUUUACUUUUCACUCUCAGAAGUUAACUUGUCAUUCUGUGGGGGACAUAUGAGUGGGUGGAAUCAUGGGACAUCCAUGGUUCAGGAACACACUGCUGAUCAGAGUUCAGUUGUAAACAGUGCCUGGGGUAUCUGCCUCCUUCUAGAGUUUCACCCUAGAAUCAACACUCCUGUGGCUUUCUAAUAAACACAAAUAGGGCCCUACAAAAUGAGGAUUCGAGGCUAAUUCUAUUGUGAAUCAAAGGAAGUUACACCUGGGGACUUGUGGCCCACUCCGUCCCCUCCUGAUCACAGAAAAAUCAUAGCGAGAUAGGAACUUGAGCCUCAGUGCUGAGUCCGUUCCGAGUGUGUUUACAUGAAUUUGGAACAAGUUUCUGCAAGUAAGCAUUAUUCUGUGUUAUUUCCCCAAGCACACUUUCCAUUUUCCCCUUCUGUCUUUCCUCAGUGACCUUUCUGCUCUAGAUUUCUGUUUAUUUCCAGAGAGAAAUUGUAUCGGAAUAUGAUUGGCAAAGAUGGACAGAAAUACAUUUGCUUGAAACCACCUUGUUCUACGAGAAAUUGACUUUCCCUACUUAAAAUGAAUGACUCAAUAUAUUGUACUUAAUGGGUU